AUAUAUAUAGACUUUGGUCUGAGAAAUGGAGGAGGGCCAUUGUAGCGCUCAAGCUCAAAGCAACCCUUAUUCUUCUUUACGUCAUAUAAAUAGCUGACGUGUUGUUUGUAGAGUUUUUUCUUCUUUUUUUUUGUGAUUAUUGUGGUGAUGCUCUGCCUUCGAAAGUGAUCAAAAUUGUAGUCACCUCGUGUGUUUGUUGUUCAAUGCUAGGGCUUCUUGUAAUUUUAUCUCGGCCUAUCUUGUAAUAACCCAAUCUUGUAAUAACCCAAUACCAGAUUGUAUUGCCCAUUGGGCCAGUUUCUAAUGAAACAAUGUUAACAAAAAAAAAAGUGCUAGGGUUAACGGUGGUCUAGUAUUUCAAAUUUGGAACUUGAGCUCCUCUUUCUCCAUCUCCAUUCACAGAUCCUCUCCACCUCUAUCUUUAGAAUUCUUCGAGAUGGGAUCAGCUCACAGCCAGGACGAUCUAAAGAUCUAUGAAUCAGACGAGGAAGAAGAAGAGUUGGUGGAUGGUGAUCGUCGUCUAAAAUCUCCUUCAUCACUAGACGAAGUUGAAUCAAAGCUCAGAGCCUUGAAGCUGAAAUACCCAUCAACGGAGCAAGCACCUCCGAACUCCUCGGUUGAUCUUUUGCGCUACAUCAAUGGAAACACUCCCAAAGCCAAAUGGGUCGCAGCUGAAAAUUCCACCUCUUACUGCUUCGCCAAGUCAUCCCCAGAAGAUGGAGGAGGAGAUUCGGAGAAGGAAUGGUGGGUUAUGAAGGUCGGGAGUAAGAUCCGAGAGAAGGUCUCCAAUGAAAUGCGAUUGAAGGCAUAUAAAGAUCAAAGAGUUGAAUUCGUUGCUAAUGGUGGAUACUGGGCGUUGCGCUUCACCAGCAGAGGAGAAGACCUCACCACCGCCUUUGUAAGCAGCUUUAACAGUUGCUUGUUUGAGAACAAUCAUGGUGUUGAGUUGAACGAAGCCGGUUUAGCUAGCAUCUUUGAGGAAGAUUUCAUUGGGUGGGCCAAUCCUGAAGCUGCUGAUGAUUCCAUAUGGGAAGAAGCUGAUGAUAUUUUGCUUAAGAGCCCACAAUCCGCAACUCCACUGGACGUUACUAAGGCUUUUGAGGAAGCUGCUACGACAAGGAGUGAGGAGGGCAUACAUAGCUUAGCUCUAGGUGCUUUGGAUCAUAGCUUUCUUGUGGGUGAUUCUGGUAUUCAGGUUUUCAAGAACAUGAGGCAAGGGGUGCAUGGGACAGGUGUUUCUGUUAACUUUGAGGCUGCUUACGGCUCAGCACGAAAGAAUAAGAAGGCUCUUCUCAUGAGAGCUGAGACCAACUUGUUGCUCAUGAGUCAACAAGCCCCAGGAAUCCAUCAGCUUGAUAUUGAAACUGGCAAGGUUAUUUCCGAAUGGAAGUUUGAGAAAGAUGGAGUGGACAUCUCUAUGAGUGACAUUACUAAUGAUGGUAAAGCUGCUCAAUUAGACCCGUCUGGAUCUACCUUUCUUGGUUUGGACAGGAAUAGGCUUUGCCGAUGGGAUAUGCGUGACCCAUAUGGGGUGGUUCAGGAUCUCUCUACUGCGAAUAAUGCCCCCAUAGUCUUGACUUGGGCUCAGGGGCAUCAGUUUUCUAGAGGGACUGAGUUCAAUUGCUUUGCAACUACUGGUGAUGGCUCACUUGUUGCUGGCCUUUUAUCAGGACAGAUUAGACUCUACUCAAAAGGGGGCACUAUGAGGAAGGCUAUGACGGCUUUCCCUGGACUUGGUGCGCCUGUGACUCAUGUGGACGCUACUUACGAUGGGAAAUGGAUAGUUGGUACAACUGAUACAUAUCUGAUUGUUAUCUCUACCCUUUUCACUGAUAAGGCUGGUAAUACAAAGACUGGCUUUGAGGGUUCCAUGGGAAAUAAGAUGGCUGCACCAAGGUUGCUGAAGCUAACACCUCUCCACGCCCAUUUAGCUGGAUCCAACAACAAGUUCCGCAAUGCCCAGUUUUCAUGGGUCACGGAGGAUGGAAAAGAAGAGCGUCAUGUGGUGGCAACUGUUGGCAAAUUCAGUGUGAUAUGGAACUUUCAGCAAGUGAAGGAUGGAUCUCACGAAUGCUACCAUGAGCAGGAAGGGCUGAAGAAAUGCUAUUGCUACAAGAUAGUCCCUCGAAAUGAAUCUAUUGUGGACAGCCGUUUCAUGAACGACAACUCUGCAGUCUCUGGUUCACCUGAAGCGCCUCUGGUCAUUGCAACUCCCAUGAAAGUCAGCUCUUUCAGCUUAUCCAGCAAGAGAGGAAGGAAGCAAGCAAGUGCUUGACCAUUAGUUUAUAAAAAUUAUUAUAAUUGUAACUUGGUAUAAAAAAGUGUUUGUUGCUAAUUAUUAAUCAUGUAAUACAAAAAAUAUAUAAUAUAUUAAAAUAAUGGACAAUAUAAAUGAGAUAACUAAAAAAAUCAGUUUUUUUUUUAAAUACAUAUAAUGCUUAUGACACCAAAUGCCAAAUAGCUAAAAGAUAUAAAUGGAGUAUAUCUUAAAGAAAUAUAUAUAUAUAUAAUAAGAGCCUAUUCAAAAAGAAAAUAAAUAUAUCACAUAGAACUGUUUGCCAAUAGGAGAUUGGUUAAUGGAAGAUUAUCUCAAGGCAAAUAUAUGCAAAAAAACAUAUAUAAACAACUAGAAUGAAUUUUAAAAUAUGGAUUACAUAUUCUUAAGAAUUAAAUCCAAUUAUAAAAUAUUGUCAAAGACUAAAUUACAUUAUUUUAUAAUUUUCGAAUUUUUUAUUUAUUAAAUUUACACUUAAUUAAAAUAUUAUAUUUUAUUAGUUAGAGUGUAUGUUAUAAAAUCACCUAGUAGUGUUUUGCUAACCUCACUUUUUAAAAGAUAAAAACUCUUCUAUGUUCCUGUCACAUUUGCAAUACAAAACUAACGUUAACAAACAUAAGGAAAAUGAUUAAUAUUAAAUCAAAAUUUAAAAUUAUGUGAUAUAGAAAAAUAUUAAAUCAAAUAAAAAAUAAAAUAGAAACAUCUUUAAUAAA